UAUAUUCGAAGCAAAGGCUACCGUGUCGUGGAGAUGUGGGAAUGUGAAUGGCGCCGGAUGAAGAGAACCAACCGAGAACUGCAGCGGUUUAUCGAUACAGAAGUGAGAAGAACCCUCGACAAAGUAAAGAUCAUGAGUGCGGAGCGAAUUUUGAGCGAGGUGCGAAAUGAGCGUUUGUUUGGGUGCGUGGAAGUGGAUAUUCGCGUACCAGAGCAUUUGAAAGAGAAGUUCAGCGAGAUGUGCCCGAUCUUUAAAAACACCAACAUCAGUCGAGAGGAUAUUGGAGAGUUCAUGAAAGCGUACGCUGAGGAGCACGGCAUCAUAGCUCAGCCCCGUCGCAGCUUGAUCGGGAGCAUGAAAGGAGAUAAGAUUCUGCUGGCUGCACCUCUUCUGAAAUGGUACUUGGAACAUGGUUUAGAGGUCACGAAAGUGCACCAAGUGAUCGAGUUCACCCCUGAGCCCUGCUUCAAAUCCUUUGGAGAUGCUGUGUCUGACGCGAGACGAGCAGGCGAUGUAGACCCGAACAAAGCCAUCAUUGCGGAUACCAGGAAAUUGGUAAGUUUUUGUUUCAUUCUGGGAUCAUAGGUAGGAGAACGAUAUGUUUGUAUACAGAAAACUGAUAUAAACCUUGCUUUUUUAGGUGGGAAAUUCAUCGUAUGGUAAAACAAUCACCUACCAAUUGAAGCAUAGGAACGUGGAGUAUUGCAGUGAUGCCGAAGCGAGCCGAAAAGUGAACACCCCUCUCUUCCGCAAGCUGGAUAAUAUCACCGAAGAUACUUAUGAAGUAGAGUCUUGUAAAAAAACCAUCAAGUUAAACUGA